GUGUAUAACAAUCCGUAAUACAAGAGCAGGGCCGAACGGCGAGUACAAAUUUCCAUUUAGGUUGUCUCAUAGUCGCUUCAUCAAAGUAUGGCGUUCAUGCUAAACUGUUACGCUCACUGGCGACGUAAAUGCAUCCCGGUGUAGGAACCCGUGGUGUCUACACCAUCGUCGCCGGGCGGCCAAGUGCACCGGUCUCAGGUGUCAACGUCUAUGAGAAAUUCCAGUGCAGGCUUGUGGUCGUCGUCACUUCAUGCUGAGACAAGCACGGAUCUCGGGCGACUGGAACCACCAGUUUCUCCAGCGGAUGAGAGUGGCCCACAGCGGUCAUCGAGCCGGAGGCUUCGCGGCCAGGAUUCCAAGGGCGACGAUGCCCUGUGGGAGUUCCUCGGUCUCGCCAUGUCCGUGAUCUUCCUCACCACCGUCGUGACAGUCCUGGCCCUCACGAAGGCGCUCAGCGAACCCAAGCGCAUCCGUGUGAAAGGAAACAGGUCGGCCAUGACCAUGUGGCCAUCCCCGGUGACCUCGGCGCAACGAAGAGCGGCUAAAAUAUCGGCGCCUCUGUUAACUUCGAACGGCUCUGCGUCUGCACUACGUCUGCACAUGGAUGUUGAGCAGGCAACGCCACACCACAGUCGAUCGCCAAAGUGGGGCCUUGAAAUGCCAAGUCACUGAGGCACAAGGCGGUCCUGUCGACAAGACACUUCACAGCCGGAAUUGAUACGCGAGGCGUACAUGAAUCAAUAACGAUUAAGAUGUAAUAAGUACUAAUGGGCAGUAAAUGAAUUACGCUUGAAAACUUUACGACAAACCUUCCAGGUCUCGUCGCCUUUUUUUUUUGCAGCCAACGCUCGUACUG